AUCUCCCCUCUUAGCAUUCAAGUCAGGCAGCGGCGUUCACAAUGCGAUCCGGGCUCCUUUGUGCUGCUGGCCGCCUGUGAUUCCAGGAGCAGCUCUGGGUUGCUAGGAGGGGACAUCAUAAAUCCCCAUUUAUAAAAGGCGAAGAUAAAGCAGACAUGACUGUGCUGAGGCUCAGCUCUGGGAAAAAAUGUCCCCCUGGCAUGCCUUGACCCCUGCCCCGGCCACUAACGGGUUACUAGCAGCUAAUGAUGCCACCUGUCAUCUGCGGUACAUAGAUGACAAUUAGAAUGUGCCUGCCUCGCCUCUCUCCGUCCCCGGGGGAUUAACCUGCAGCAGCAGCUCAGUGGAUGUGGGGAAGGUCGGUGUGAUCAAAGACCCGACUCUACUACAUACCUACCUACCUACCUGCCUGGAGGACGGCUGGAGCAUGUGUGUGUCCCCUGAACAGUCAUGAGCCUGCCUGCUGAUACCUAGAAUAGGCCCAAUCUCUUGCAGAGAUGUUUCUACGACUGCGAAGUCUUAUCCUCUACACAUUAUCCUUGUCUGUGUUUGGGCUUUUCAUCUACUUUAACAAAGAACCGAAAUCAAAUUUAAAGUCUGUUGCCCCUGACAAAAGGGAAGCACAAAGGCAAGAAUUUAUCUUCUGGGCUCCUGCAAAGACGAAACCCAUCCAGUGUUAUCCAGAUCUAUCUACUCUCAACUACUCUUCUUCCUUCCCAGAACCUCAUCGCUUGUUCUUAAUGUACAAACACUGUCGAAACUUUUCAACACUGCUCAACACCAAGGAAUGUGAGAAAGAUACUUUCUUAUUGUUGGCCAUCAAAUCUCUUCCAAUCAAUAUAGACAGAAGGAUUGCCAUAAGAAACACCUGGGGGAAAAGGCAAGAUUUUCGCAACAAAAAAAUUAAGCUGGUGUUUUUGCUUGGAAAGACAGAAUUCAGUAUACCAGCUCAGUCACUUGACCAGUUGCUUUCUUAUGAACACAAAGAGUUUAAUGACAUUGUCCAGUGGGAUUUUAUUGACAACUUUUUUAACCUCACACUAAAGGAGCUCUAUUUUUUGAGGUGGUUCACCAAUAGCUGUUCACGUGCCAGCUUUGUCCUGAAGGGUGAUGAUGACGUCUUCAUUAAUACAUACAACAUUUUGGAGUUUCUUGAUGAAAUGGAUCCUGAGAGUGAACUUUUUGUUGGGGAUGUAAUCAGCAAGGCCAUUCCCAUCAGGAACACAAAAGUGAAAUAUUUUAUUCCACAUGAAAUGUACAAUGGGAGUCACUACCCUUUAUAUGCAGGUGGAGGUGGCUAUGUAAUGUCCAGAAGGACUACUCAACACCUUCUUGGCAUAGCUGAAACAAUGGAACUGUUUCCCAUUGAUGAUGUGUUUGUUGGGAUGUGCCUUGAAAAAAUGAAUGUAACGCCACAGUUUCAUGCAGGGUUUAAAACUUUUGGCAUCCGUAAACCAGUCAACCCAUUCGAUCCGUGUUUGUAUAAAGGGCUCAUGGUAGUGCACAAGCUGAACCCUACUGAGACAUGGAUUAUGUGGUCUUUGGUGAAUGACAAUAGAAUGCAAUGUGCACAGUCAAAGAAAACUCUAUAGAUGCACACAAAUGUAUAUUUUCUUUUAAAAUGAGUAAUGGAUUAGGCAAGGAAAAGAACAAAUGCCUUCUAAAUAUCUACAGCUUUUUAAAUUCAAUUUGCCAGGAUUGCAUAGGCAAUGGGUAGUUAGGCAACGGGUAGUUA